UCAUGUAAUUGACACACAUGAAACUUGCAUGAUUUCAGUUAAACUUCAAAGUGCAAGCUGCUAAUUACAUGAAUGUCCCGAAUACAUUCUGAAAGCUGUUAGUGUCCUAGCAGCCGAGGUUUACCUCCGAAAGGCGAUCUGAGGGCUGAAUAACAGGUGGCAGGGGUCAGCAAGACUCUCAGUCAGAACAGCAUUGGAUGUUUGUUGCAGAUUCAUGGGCCUGAAAGACCAUCUGGAUGAUGGAACAGGCCACAUCCUCCAACUGGGGCUGGAUCUAGACUACCUUCAUGUGAAGGCUACAGACCAGCAUACUGGCGCUGAUGCCGGACUUAUCAUGGACAGUGGUUCAUCCGACACAGGUGACGUUGUGGCCCCCUGCACUAGGAGAUGCGGUUCUUCUCCACAAGAUGACUCAGAGGAAAGUGCAGGGUCAGACAGUGAGCCUGCACAUAGCAACAGUCAUCCUCUUGUCGAUACGCUUGGUGAUGGGUCCAUCCAUGCAGUCCACCCACCACACUGUUGGUCUCCAAGUCUGGAUAUGGAUUCACUGGUUCUGGAUAUGGUACACCAAGAGCCAGGCCCUGUGGAUACACUCAGGGAAUACCAGACAAAGAUGGAGUUUGCCCUUAAACUCGGCUAUGCAGAAGACUUAGUUCGGCUGGUUCUGAACAAGCUCGGGUCAGAUGCACUGAUCAAUGAUGUUCUUGGGGAGCUGGUAAAACUGGGCAGUAAGCCAGAGAAUGAGGGUGGGAUACAGACUCUCUCCCAAUCCACUUCCACAUCAUCAUCAUCCUCUGGCACGUCUUCUUUCUGCAGUUUCUCUGACUCACUUGACUCUCGCCGGUCAGAGUCCCCUUCUGUGGAAGAUAAGGAUAACCUCCGCCCAAUUGUUAUUGAUGGCAGCAAUGUGGCCAUGAGCCAUGGUAAUAAGGAGAUGUUCUCCUGUCAAGGCAUUCAGCUCGCAGUUGACUGGUUUCUUGAACGUGGCCAUCGAGACAUUACAGUUUUUGUCCCAGCCUGGAGGAAAGAACAGUCCCGUCCUGAUGCUCUUAUCACAGAUCAGGAGAUUUUGAGACGUCUGGAAAAGGAUAAGAUUCUUGUAUUUACACCGUCACGUCGUGUCCAGGGCCGCAGAGUAGUCUGCUAUGAUGACAGGUUUAUUGUUAAGCUAGCUUAUGAAUCAGAUGGCAUUAUUGUCUCCAAUGACAACUACAGAGACUUGGCUGUUGAGAAACCGGAAUGGAAAAAAUUUAUUGAUGAACGCCUUCUGAUGUACUCCUUUGUAAAUGAUAAGUUUAUGCCUCCUGAUGAUCCAUUGGGUCGACAUGGGCCAAGUCUGGAGAAUUUUCUUAGAAAAAGACCCAUCAUUCCAGAGCAUAAGAAACAGCCCUGUCCAUAUGGAAAGAAAUGCACCUACGGGCACAAGUGUAAGUUUUACCAUCCAGAGCGUGGUACACAGCCACAGCGAGCGGUAGCAGAUGAGCUCCGUGCCAGUGCCAAGAACUCCACAGUUAAAAGUGUGGGAGAGACGGGUCCUGUGAAAAGCCACAGUGAGCCUGGAGGCUCCCGUAAUGAUAAAGCUGGUGACGGUAAACGAUCUCUGCCAAAGAGGCAAUUGGACCCCAGUAUCCGUGCCCUCUCUUACAGUGAUGUGGAGGAUAAACUGUGUUCCAAAACUAAAGCAGACCUGUAUAAGAGCAACCUAGCUCUUUCUCCAGCUCCAGGAGGUCCUCCUUCCUUUCAUGGGUAUAGCCAGGACCCGAAAGAUCACAAGCAGACUCAAGCAGAACCACACACUAACUGUGAAUCUCCCGAUCUUUAUUACUCCAUGGUUAGGGCAUAUUCUGGCCUAAGCCUGCCCUCUCAGAGCAGUCCAGAGCGUCACUUCCUGUCUGAUGCUGAUCCACGGACCAGCUCAGUGACAUCAGAUUGCAGCAGCGAUGGCAGCAUGAGCUCUGAUUCUUAUGGCAUGGCAACCCACAAUGAGCAUUCUUGCAUGAGUUCUCCUGAUUUGUUGCUGGAUGAAGGAAUCAAGUGUCAUCACCAUCAUCAUCGUAGAAAUUAUCAGUUACCCUCUGUUAUUCCUCCAGGGUUCAUUCUCUCUCCUGCUACAUCUAAUCACCCAGGAUUCCACCACAGCAUACCUCGUGUUCAUAGUUUUGCUCCAGAAGACCAACAAGACCCCCAUUUCCAGCACUCUGUCUCCUACAUGUCUCCACAACGCCAGCAUCAAGUGGUAGGCUCCUGCUCAAGCUAUCCUGGAGACUAUCCUCCUCUCUGCCAGAGCAACACUCACUCCCAGAACUCUCCACUGGGUCGUGGCCUUGCCUCAACACGUGUGGACAGCGUGUCAGACUCCAGGCUUUAUGAACACUCUCCAUUGCUGCCUAGAAAACCCUACGUAUCCCAAGAGCGAAAGACCAGCUGGGAUCCAUAUUACAGACAGCACCCACAACAAUGCUAUGAGCCCUUCAGUUUCCAGGAUCUUUCAAAGAACCGUGAACAGAUGUGGCGUUUACCCUGGGGCUGUCCUUCUGCUCCUCCUCCCCCCCAUCUGCCCCAUGCUUUAUCACACCAGCACCAGGAGCCACUUACCUUGAGUCGUUACCAGGAAGUACGAGAGAAAGUGUUUACCAACCUGUGCAACAUUUUUCCCACAGAGCUAGUGCAGUUGGUCAUGGGGCGGUACCCUCAUGUGACUGACGCCCAACAGCUGGCAGCAGCCAUCUUGGCAGAAAAGAACCAUGCUGGAUACUAAGCGCUGAGGUAAAAUGAAAAUACCCUCAUCAUUUACUCACCCUCACAUUUUCACAAAUGUGUGAGUUUCUUUCUUCAGAUGAACACAAACAGAGAAUGAAAAAAAAAAAAAAAUAUAUAUAUAUAUAUAUAUAUAUUAAUCUCUGGGGAGACCAUAAAUAUAUGGGACCCCCAAAGAUGAUGCUUCAAAAGCCACACGAAACACAAUGGUAAUCCAUACUACUCCAGUUGAUGAAUCAGUGUUUUCUGAGGUGAAACGAUAAGUGUGUGUGAGAAAAAUACUAUUAUAUUAACUUUUUAAAAUAUAAUCCAUCUUCUGGCCAACUGUCAAAGGUGUGUUCACCUGAUGUAAACAUCAGCAUGUUGUGAAAUGUGAUGCAAGUGCAUUGUGAAGUUUGUGAAGUACAGAGGCUUGUCACUUAAGAACAUAAAUCUCACAAAUCUUGUGUUCAUCUGAAAAAAGAAAGUUAUAUACAUUGUGGUAUGGCAUGGUGGUGAGUAAAUAAUGAGAGACUCUUUUUUUUAAAUUGGAGUAUCCCUUUAACAGUGACCCGCUCUCUGUGGCAGCUUCUUGCACCCUAAUGAAAUUGAGGCAUCUGGUGAGGAUGACCCAGUCUAUUUAUGUAAAACAUUCCAUUAAAAGUAUCAGAUUUAAAUUCUCAGAUUUAAUUCUCAGAAAGUUAUGACCUUGUAAACAUGGACACCAUAAUAUUAAGCAUUUUUUUUUUAUUUCUUGUUGGCUCACCUAUGAGGAGAAUAUAGCUAUAAAAGACAUUUUAUAGACUAGAAGUGUGAAUGUUGUGAUGUGUGUGUGAUAUUUAUUAUUUUGCUAUUUAUUUUCUGAAAUGUUUUACUUUAUGUUCAUGAUUAUGUUCAGGUGAGCAUGUAAUGAAUCACAAGGCACUUUCUAUUGCUGUUUAUCAAAUUCAGUGCAGUUUGGUAACUUAUGGCAAUCAGCAAGAGGAGAUAGAAGGCCAGAGUAUUUGUAGGUGUAGAUGGUCUACAAUGGAAUCUGUUAGGACAGCUUGGCUAUUAUAUCUGUAGGUAUAUUUAGGUAUAUUUGUAUAGCGCUUUGAAACAAAGCGCUAUACAAAUAUAUUUGACUUGAGAAAACAGAUGUUUAAAGCAUUGCAUUCAUCUGUGCCAACAGAUCAAGCCUCACUUAUAUGAAAUCAGUGUAAAGGGCAGGACCCUCUUCGCUUUGCUAGAAUAUGACAAACUUUUUUGGCUGAAAAAAAUAUUUCAGGAAUAUUUUUAUAUACGUUUGUUCAUUUCUGAAAGAUAAUCACUUUCAAAUUCAGAGGUGCUAUCAUGAAAAUAGCUUUAUAUUUUUAUAUAGCCAUAAUCCUGCAGGUCUUUGGCUUUUCCUCCUCUUUGUGAUGUAAUGCCAACUCUCACUUGAAUUAUUUGUUUGUGGUUUUUUUUUUUUUUUUUGUGCUUAUUUCUUCUUAAUCACAUUCUCCAUACUCUAGUUACAUUUAAAUUUGGUUCUUUAUAUGCAAAAGUGGAGUAACUUGCCUAUCACUGACUGCUUAUGUUGCCAUUUUACUUAUGAUUUUGUGAUGUUUUAUUCUUUUAAAUAUAGAGAUAAAUGUGUCAGGGUGUGCUUGCUUGUAAUUUGGGAAUGGGUUUAGGUAUUCUGUUGUUCUGUCAGUGUUAUCAUAGGAUAAAUGGUCUGAAUGUAGCCACAGGUGUAGUGUAGUGAAGACAGCUCUGUCUGUGUACCUUAGUUUUAGUAAGGGACAUCUCUGGCUAAACUUAUGGGUGCAUGAUACUGUAUCCCGCUCUUGUUGAAAGCAACUAAGUUUGGGACCUGAUUAGGUGCAAAUUUCUUUAAUGUUUUGCAAACUUUUGUUAUCAGGCAUGAAUUAUUCCAGAAUUGUUUUCAUAACAUGUGACUUAUGGUAGCCAGAGAAUACCUGUCCUUGUUGAUACAAAUUGUAUCUUUUUAACUUAAAUUCAGAGAUGUUUAUAUACAUAUGAUCUAUGAAAAGUAUAUUCACUCACAAAGUUAUGUACAAUAGGUAGUACAUGUAUAAAUUAAGAAAUAUUUUGGGCAACAUUUUAUGAAGAUAAUUGGUUCAGGUUUUUGAGGGAGAGGAAGAGCAUUCUAAAGCUUCUAAAAUGAAGAAGGGACAGUAAUUAACGAGUUAAUUUAUUUUAUUUUAAAGCAAAAGUAUUUACGAUCUUAUUUCUUACAUUAAAAAAAAGUAGGGUUAUUGGAGUAAAUGGGGACAGGAUUUGAGCAACUUAAAUAGUGAUCUUUUUUUAACCCUUCUGUUGCGUUGGGGUCAAUUUAACCCACAGCUUGAAAUACUGGUUAAACAAUUUACUUCUUGGGAUUAUUUAGGGUAAAUGAAUGUGCAUGCAAAGUUUCGACACAGAUAUUUUGGAAAGGCUGUACAAAAAAAAAAAACAACCUUCGUGACCAUGAUUGGCAAACUUACCCCAACUGGUUUUCAUGCAAACCUUUACCAAAAAUCAGAAUCAAAGUUUAAGACUCAAGAUUCAAAUGUUUGAAAUGUUGAAAUUGAGACUCACAUUCUGAUUAAUCUAAAGAAAAUUCACUGUUUCUUCAUAGAGUUUCGCAGUCAAAAAAUCUGUCAAAGGAUGUUUCUGGUCAAGUUUUUGAUGUCAAUUACUAGACUGUUGCAGCACUGAAUAGAAGCAGAACAAACCCAUUUUACCCUUACAAGGGUUUGAGAAAAAGACAACAAAAAAGCAGUGGAGGAAAAAAUUGCAAUAAAUACUAGGUACAAAUAAUGUUAGAUACUAUUUACACUUGUUAUUUGCACCUCACUGUACAAAUGGUCACUUCAAGUUGCCAUGACCAAAACAUACAUACGUAUUUUUACAGUUAUUUUGGACAUAAAAAUAAGUUGGUGAAUUUUGACCCCCCCAACACAGAAGUCAUACCUAGUUCUUGAACACAACAGGAGGUUCGGAUCAUUUACAUACUAUUAAUUCUGGCCUUGUUCUGUUAAACAUUUUUACAUCUGAAAUCUAACUUCAAAUAGACUUUUUCCGAAAACUAUGAAGACAGAUGUAAUUUUUGAUGCAUUUAAGAGGGCUUAGUUUAAGGGCAAGGAAUGAGCUGUUAAGCUGUGGUGGUAAAAAUACUGCCUGAAAUGUUUAUGGAACACCUUUUAUUUUGAAACAAGAAGAGCCUUCCCUUUGGCCUUGUGGCACUGUGUGCCAUUCUUGGCGGUGGUGUGGGCAUAGAGUAUUUGCCUCUACAUGGCAUUGUGCUUAAAACACAUCUGAAUAAUCUGAACCAUGUUCAGCCAACCGUUUUCAAUUAGAUAAGAUGUUAACAGUUUAUUUUUUUGUUUGUUUGUUUUUUUGUUUACCAUCAAUGUACUUGGUGUCACAAAUGCUUCAGAGUACGUUAUGUUACCUUUAGUAUUGACUAAUAUGUUUAAGUGUGGAUAAUGUUCUAUAACAGCAUGUAGUUCAACAGACUGAUUGUAUUUUUGGUCUUUAUCAUUGAAAAACACAUUUGGUAGGGAUGCUUUAUAAAGCUGGACAAGUGUUCAUUACAAGUUGUUUGAUGUGCAUUCAUCACUGAUAAUUGUUUUCUGCAAUAUUGUAAUGCUACAACCUUUAACUAUAUCAACAAUUAGACUGCCAAGGUCACUCUGUAGAAAUCAUUGCAGUCUGUGAGCUCGUGAUGCGCACAAAAUAAUGGAAAGUAGUAUUUCCUGCUGACUGAGAUUACUGCAGGCAUUAAUUACUGAGUAUUAAGGUCUCAGUAAUAUUUGAUGUGUCAGUGGGCUUUAUGCUUAAGGACCAAAGGAAGCAGUGAGUUUGGUAACAAUUUUAAUGGUCACUGCCAAUGAUGCUUUAGUUGUUCAAAGCAUUGUUUUACAAAGAGUAAUAAAUAUG